AUGAAUAUACGGCAGCAGCUCACCAAAUUCCUUGGCCUAUUUCUCACCCUUGCUAGCGCGUUUAUGUUCUGGAAGGGCCUCUCGGUCGUCACCAACUCCCACUCGCCAAUUGUGGUGGUCCUCUCGGGGUCCAUGGAGCCUGCCUUCCAAAGGGGGGACAUCCUAUUCCUGUGGAACCGCGAGAGGUUCAAUAAGGUGGGCGACGUGAUAGUCUACGAAGUGGACGCCAAGAGCAUCCCUAUCGUCCACCGGGUGGUUCGCGAACACCGCGACAAGAACGGCCGGCAACUAUUGUUAACCAAGGGCGACAACAACGCAGCAGAUGACAUUGCGCUUUACGGUCGGAAGCAGAGCUACCUGCGGCGGGACAAGGACAUUGUCGGGACCGUGAAGGGCUACCUCCCCAAGCUGGGGUACGUCACCAUCCUGGUAAGUGAAAAUCAGUACGCAAAGUUUGCGCUGAUGGGCAUGCUGGCGUUGAGCUCGUUGCUGGGUAGCGAAUGA